UGGAAAGCCGAAAUCAUGGAUUUCUGCCCCAGUACUCGAAUAAUCCUAGUCGGCUGCAAGACAGACCUGAGAACAGAUGUUUGCACACUGAUGGAGCUGUCCAAUCAGAGACUGACACCCAUCUCCCAUGAGCAGGGCACCUUAUUGGCAAAGCAGGUAGGAGCAGAGGUGUACCUAGAGUGCUCUGCAUUCACAUCGGAGAAGAGCAUCCACAGUGUGUUCCGCUCAGCGGCACUAACAUGCCUCAACAAACUGCAGCCCCCCAUAAAGCAAAGCCCCACUCGCCGGCUGUCCAAACGUCUCCUUCACCUGCCCAGCAAAGCAGAGCUCCUGACCUCCUCCUUCAGCAAGGAGAGAACCAAGAGCUGUUCCAUCAUGUGAGCUCCAUGUGUGCCACUCCAGUUCCAGAAAAAAAAGAAAAAAAAAAGAUAUUUUCGCUCUUCGAAAGGGUUGGUUGGGGGUAGGGGGGUUUGAGAGGAGAAGGUCAUGACCCCUCCCUCUCUCUACACUUAUGUUGUUGUUCUUCCAUUCUGACACCCCACCUGCAAACACACUCAUCCCUAUGACAAAGAGCUGCUGCCAUUGUUCAAGGUUUUCGGCUAUUACACAUCCUAGUAUCGAUUGAGUUCCCUUUACUAGCAUCUGGCUUUACAUGAACUGCAUUUUGUAUCAAUGAUCAAUCAGUCAGACAAAGAAGGAAAUGCCGUGAAUAUUGGACACUGUGGGAUAUUUUUGUGGGUAGUCUUAUUUGUUAGCGUGCAUACAUGUAUGGGAAUGUGGGAUGAGCUGUGAACGUAAUUUAAUAUUUAAAGGAAGAGGAUGUGUUUCUGUUACACAGUACGCACUUUAGUGAAUAUGGACGCGAUUGUUGAAUGGAAAGUGAGAGAAUGAUUGAAUACAGGUUGGCAUUAGUUGCUGUUUCAAUACAGAAUUAUGCUUUACUUGUAUUAGCUAAAGUCUCUGGCACUGAUCUACGAUGUGAGAUCUCAUGCAAGCAUAAGGUGAGGAGCCAAACAAGAUUUUAUGUCCUCCUGAAAAAGGCAGACAGUGUUAUAAAUCUGCUAGAUGAAGCAUCCAAUCACAUUUGUACAAUCCAGAUGGAUUGGACAUGCUGACACACUCUUUCACUCUCUCUCUCUCUCAUCUCUACUGUAGUCCUUCUUGAGCUUUCUGCCCUUAGAAAAUGGGUCAUAAAUUCCAGCCAAUGAGGAGAAGCCCAGCAUUGCCAAGGCCAUUUCUCAGUAUAGAGCAGGAGUUAUUGCCACAAAGACCCCUUCCAGAUGUUCCAAGCGUUCUUUUUUAGAAAACAAGAUCUUUUAUUGAAAUAAUUUUAGAGAUGGACUGGAAAGGUCAUGAGGGGGAUUACUAAGGGAUAUUGCAGUCCACCAAAACAAUGUUGAUCAAUGUUGUAUAAGCAAGAAGAUAAUUUGAAUGUUCCAGUUGACUUUUCUUUUAAAGUAAUCUUAAAAUCUGCCACAACACCUAAUUUUCAAUAACAUGCCUGUAAAGAGCCGACUUCUCUUGUCAUGUGGUGAAGUUACUGGUUAUUCUCAUGGCUGGAUUUAGAUUGCAUUAUAAUUUCAGUGAUUCUCAUGCAUUCGGUCAGAUCACUGUCACAGAGGACUCUCCUCUCAUGCUAAGCCUCAUUCUGGUAAUCUCGGUCUUAAAUCCCACUACCCCUGGUUGUGUAAUACUUAAUCAUAAAACAACUAAAUCCUCACUUUGGGCUUAUAAAUGGCCAAGUAGAAAUGAACUGAGAAGCCAGAUGAGACAGCAUUACGAAGAAUCUGACCUCAGAAUAACUUCCAACUAAAGUAGUUCAUCAAAUUUAAUAUGAUCAAAGAAAUGGUUUGGGAAAUAAUUUACACUACCGUUCAAAAGUUUGGGGUCAGUAAAAGC